AAAAAAAACUUCUCUCAAGUUGUUUUUACUUUUAUGAUCCAAUAUCACGUUUUUGCUUCCAUGUUCAUGCAAAUCUCAGACCCAAGAUUCUGAGUUUUGCCCACAUUUGCUCCUUUUUGUUGUUGUUGUUGUUGUGAUAGUUUUUGAGAUGAGUUUCAAUGUUUUUCAGGAUUCAUCAUCACCAGUCUGAAAGAUGGAUUCAAAUCUUAUAUUUGAUCAAAAGGUCAUCAACGGGUUCGCGCCGGUGCUAACUUACGCAGCCUGCGAAUGGUUCCUUAUAUUACUCAUGUUCAUCGAUGCUCUUCUCUCCUAUCUUCUCGUCUGGUUUGCGCGUUACUGCAGAUUGCAGAUGCCAUGUUUCCUCUGUUCCAAGCUUCUUCAUCCUCUACAUUGGAGAUUCUUGCUCUGCAGAAACCACAGAUCAGAGGUUUCAUCUUACAUGUCAUGUCAGAAUCACGGCAACAACCUUGCUGAUUGUCGAGGCAUGUGCGAUGACUGUCUCUUGUCGUUUACCAAAAUGACCGGUCCGAAUCCAGAUAUGAACAGAUUGCUUCUAGGUAAAUUAGGGUAUGAUCUGCUCUCUAGAAGCCAUUUUGCUCACCCUAGGUCUUGUUCUUGUUGCAAUAAACCGUGGAGAACGAGGCACCAUACACAGAGACUGAUUCGGUUAGGCUCUCGAGGGAGAAACUCCUCAAGUAAACCCAACAUUCCUGCUCCACGGCAUCUUACCCGACGAGGAAGCGGUGGAAGUUUGAAGAAGAUGAGAGAUCAUAUAGCAACAAGUGGUUCUGAGUAUGUUGAUGUUGGAAGCCGCGACGGUAUGGCACAUGUGGGCUACACAGAGCUGAAGAUACACUCGGAUUCUGAGUCUGAGUUCUUGUUUUCAGAUGAUGAUGCAUUCCUCCAUAUAACUGACUUCAAUGUUGAGCCAUCUGAGAAACGCACGCACAAAUCUCGAAGGCGGAAAUCGUUUGACGACAAGAAGAUGUCGAAUCAUAAACAGCCUGUCUUGCAAGACAACCAGUAUAAGAAAAUUCAUGUAGAAGAUAAUGAAACUGUCGAAUCUUCAAUGCUUGGGUAUAAUCUUGAAAACAGGACUCGGCAGAAACAACCUGUUAAGGCAAAGGAGCAUGAUGAUGUACUCUCUGAGCUUAUAACUAUGAGUGAAGCUCGUCCGUUUUUACUGGGUUCACCUCGAAAGUAUGCUGCAGGAGUAGUCACACAAAAUGAAAAUGAAGCUGAGGUAAGUGGCAGCUCAUCUCCUUCUGGCGGAGAAUUUUUGAGCCCUUCUGCAGAAAACGGUGCCUCUAGGGAAAUCCGAAUUCAAGAGCAUGAUGAUUCCUCAGAUUUUUCUCAAAACAUCACCAGUUCAGCUAUGGAGAUAGAAGAAUUUGAGGCAGCUAUUGAGCAAAAAGAGUCUGAUCACAUGGAUGUGUCUGGUUCUGUUGCAAAUGAACCGUCUAGUGAUGAGGAGAAUGAAGUUGAAGGAGACUCCAAGCCUUUGAUAUCGAAUAAUAUGUCAGAUUCUCUGGAACAGGAACAGUCAGGUGAGGAAGAAAGUGAGGUUAAUGAAAACAAUGUUGCAGAAGAAUACUUCAGUAAUGAAGAAGAAGAUGAGGUCAAUGGACAUACCGAGCCCUUGACAUCAAAAAGUGAGUCUGGUUCAUUUGCUGAAGAACAAUCUAGUGAGGACGAAGAUGGAAGUAAUAUUUAUUCGGUUGCAAAAGACCAUUCCAGUAAUGAAGAGGAUGUGGAUAACGAAGAAUCUGAGCCAAUGACAUCAAACAAUGUGACUGGUGUUGUCAAAGAAGAACACUCAGCUAAAGAAGAGCAUGGAGAUCAUGAAGAGACUGAGCCUUUGACGUCACUGAACAUUUCCAAAGAAGAACCUUCAUUAGAACACAGUGAUAAAGACUCCUUGAAGAUAACAGAGACUCGUAAUACUUCAAAUGGAUCACCAGAACUAAAGCACUCUGCUUCUGUAGAAUCUUUUGUAAGCAUUAGCAGUGACAUAGAGGGCGAAAGUCUUGUUGAAGUAUUGAAGCAACAACUAGAGCAUGGCAGGAAAUCCCUAAGAGAUUUGAAUAAAGAAUUCGAGGAAGAAAGAAAUGCCUCAGCCAUUGCUACCAACCAAGCAAUGGCGAUGAUUACGCGGUUGCAGGAGGAGAAAGCAGCUCUCCAUAUGGAAGCUUUACAAUACCUGAGAAUGAUGGAUGAGCAAGCAGAGCACGACAUGGAUGCACUUGAGAGAGCAAACGAUGUCUUGGCUGAUAGGGAGAAGGAGAUACAAGAUCUUGAGAUGGAGUUAGAAUAUUAUAGAGUAAAAUAUCCAGAUGAGCCAAGAGAAGAAAUUCUCGCUAGCAUGGGGAUUCUCGGUAAUACAGAAGAAACAAAUGUCACCUCACCAACUGAUGAGACCAGCAUUAAGGAUUCAACAGACACCAAACUUACCGGUUCUCCAUCAGCGGAAAAUUGAGAAAGAAUACACAUUUCAGAAAUGAUAUCAAAACGCUGGAAGAAGAAUACCCAAGAGAGCUCCCCAAGGCCUGAGAGAACUUUAGUCUUGAUGGUCACAUGAGACCAUACAGAAUAAUCUGCAGAGGCAUAAAGAUAUUCUACCAGCAUUCAUUGCAGAAGCAUAUGGUGAAGAAAGCAAUUCCCAACAUGGAAAGUGAUUCUUUCGAGCGUAGUACUCACAUGAAGGGCAAGAACGAGUGGACUGCUUUAGAGAAUGAGAUUCCAGUGGUAGAGAAACAUUUAGAGUCACAAAAGGAGAGCUUGUGUUUGUAAUAAUAGGAAAAAUGAAAAGGAGUAGAGUUAGUUGAAGAGAUAGCUUGGGAGCUGCAGAAGUCAUUUAUUUGAAAACUAAAAAUUCCAUGUUAGGAAGAUAAACAGAAGCCUUCAUUUAUUUGUUUUUUUUUAGUUGCUUUAUUUGUGUGGCUACCUUAUUUUUUUUGGAGAACACACCAAUCAUCUCAUUAAAACUUCAAGAUUUCA